CAUGCCGGGGAUGGACACAUAGGAUAACAUGCCGGGGAUGGACACACAUAGGAUAACAUGCCGGGGAUGGACACAUAGGAGAACAUGCCGGGGAUGGACACAUAGGAGAACAUGCUGGGGAUGGACACAUAGGAGAACAUGCCGGGGAUGGACACACAGGAGAACAUGCCGGGGAUGGACACAUAGGAUAACAUGCCGGGGAUGGACAAAUAGGAGAACAUGCCGGGGAUGGACACAUAGGAUAACAUGCCGGGGAUGGACACAUAGGAUAACAUGCCGGGGAUGGACACAUAGGAGAACA